AUGACAAGUAACAAUACAAAUGAAUCUAUUCCUGAAGAAGUGAAUGUGCAAGUUACAACUACAACUCCAUCAAUUUCUUCAAGUCAACCAAUUGAAAGUAACAAUUCUGAAGAAGUCAAUAGGGUUGAUAAUGAUUCAAUCUUAACAAAAAAGCGGAAAAAAACAUCUCCGGUAUGGAAUGAUUUUGAAGAAAUUGAACUUGCUAAUGGUACAAAGAAAGCAGUGUGUUUGUAUUGUAAGGAAAAAUACUCUACUGGUGGAAAGGGUGCAAGCACUAGCCAUCUUAAGAGGCACUCAGAGAUUUGCCUGCAACGGAAGUUGCAUAUCUCUCGAGAAAAUAAACAAACAACGAUACAAUUUCGGCCGCCUAGUGAAUGUGGUGGUAAUCCCUUUAUUGUUCCUAAUGCUAAAUACUCCAAUGAAAAGAUGAGAGAGAUUAUUGCUAGUGGAAUUAUGGUGCAUGAGCGACCAUUUAGCAUCGUAGAGGAUGACAUGUUCAUGUGGGCUUUUGAAUAUGCAAAUCCAAAUUUUAGAAGAGUCAGUCGUAAAACAACAAGAAGUGAUUGUUUGCAAUUGUAUGAAGCUGAAAAGAAUACUUUGAAAAGGAUUUUGAAUAAUGUGAGUAAGGUUAGCAUUACAACAGACAUGUGGAAGUCAAGUCACCAAGUAGUUGAGUACAUGGUUGUGACAGGUCAUUUUGUUGAUGCAAGUUGGAACCUUCAGAAGAGAGUUUUGAAUUUUGUCAAAGUGCCUCCUCCUCGACGAGGAACAGAUAUAGCAAAUGCUAUUUUCAAGUGUUUGAGAGGAUGGGGCAUUGAGAAUAAAAUAUUCUCAGUAACUGUUGACAAUGCAUCUUACAAUGACUCUUGUGUUAGAAGUUUGAAAGAAAACAUGUCAUUGAGCAGUAAGUUAGUACUUGAUGGUCAACUUUUUCAUAUGCAAGGCUAA